AUCACCAUCCGGGUCCCCGAUCCAGAGAUCUCUGUCACUUCCUGUCCUCCACACAGGACAUCCCACCAAUCAGAGGCCUCCCCUCAUCAUCUCUGAUCUGUGAUUGGACAGUGAUACUCUGAAGCCCCUCCCCUCAUAGUUCUACAUCUCCACCAAUCACAUCCCUCCAUUCCUCUCUCAGUAUUGGGAUUGAUGUCUCAUAUUUCUCCUCCUAUCAGGGUGAAGAUGAGUGUGGGACCUCCCAGUGGGCGGCGCUCUGUGUCUCCUCGGGUCCUCCUCUUGGAUAUAAACCCUCCUGGUUGGGCGAUGGUGAGGGCGGAGCUCUGUGAGGCGUUAAUGAACACGCUGAGCCUGGCGGCGGCGACGUCACCGAGAGGAGAACUACUGAGCGUCUACUCCGCCCGGGACACGCCCCAGUGUCUCCUCCCCCUACAGCCGCUGAGAGGAAAUUUUAUUCGCCUUCACAGCUGCCUAUCAGAGCUGUACUCUAUCUGUGGGGAGGGGUCUCAGGCUCUCCGAACCCGAUCAUUGGCUCUGGCCGUCCUGGAUGCUCUGCAGCAGAACAGACAGCUGGGCCAGCACAGCGCCUAUGGAGGCGGAGCACACAACUCCUUUGUAGAGGUGUUGGUUUUGUCCACCCGGCGGGGACAGGAAGUGGCCUCUGACCUGGAUGACGGGUUGAAGGACUCGGAUCUCAGUACAUUGCGUAGAUUGCUGGUUGUCCAAUUGUCAUGUGAUGUGGAGGACGGCGGGAGCAACGAGGCUUCUCCAGACCCCGCCAGAGAUCCGGAUCACAGGUCGCACGUUUAUGAUAUAGAACUCCGGGUGAGUUCCGGGGACGUUCUCAGUCUGGAGAGUUUCUUCAAGGCCUGGCUGUUUGAGUCGGAGAGGGAAGAGGUCCGCCUGAUCUUCCCUAAAGGAGACAGUAAGUUACAGAUCAUCUGCGAUGUGCACCGCCCUCUCCUCCCCCCCAGCCUCCUCCUCGGAGGUCUCCCUCAUGAUGGUGAACAGGAGCGGACCCCUGGGGCCCCGCAGACCCUCCGCAUUCUCCGAGCUCUAUCCUCUCAGGGAGUGUGCGGAUCCAUGCUCUAUGGACUUCCAUCCGUUCUCAACCCCACUGCAUGCUGGGAACUGGACUGGGAUCAGCUGGAAUCCAACCAGGAGAAUUUCCAGGCCUUGUGUCACUGCCUGCAGAGCCGAGCGAUGUCCCUCUUGGGGUGCAGUAGUCAGCGAUCGGUGGCGUGGGCCCCCCCGGUUUUGUCACAUUUUAUUGUCUCAGCAUCAGACUCGAUGGGGUUACUGCUACGACCGCUGGCUCCCCGGGAGCUUCUGCUUCUCAUCAAACCGCCAACACUUACCGGACCCGUACCAGACGGCGCCCUUCACCGAGUCCAGGAGGCGCUGGGCGGGCUGGAGGAGGACUCGCUGUACAACCCUCUACAGAUCAGCAGCAAUCUCUACAAACAGCUGCAGGUGACACUUUCCCGGCCAGCACCUCCCCCACGUCCCAUCACUCCAGUCUUCAGAGGUGGGAGGGGCCAGAGCCGCCAGGGGUCAUCCAGUGGUGGAAAGGCAAGAGCGACAAUCGCCCCGUUACCUUUCGUGUCCCCACUUCCUUGUAAACGGGGGCAACCCAGAGAGAACAACUCGCCAUCGAAGAUCCGAUUUCGACACGAUGAUGAAAACGAAUUCUUCAGACCUGACUUCUCGCUAGAACAGCCUUAGAUAUUCCAAUGACUCCGCUCAUAAUCCAGGGCAUGUUCUGCAGGUUUUAUCUCUAAGUGUUUUGGACUCUGAGAAUCCUCCUCACAAGUUUUAGUGUCCGGUAAUGAUGAGUUGGGGGUCAGUCCUCCUCACAAGUUUUAGUGUCCGGUAAUGAUGAGUUGGGGUCAGUCCUCCUCACAAGUUUUAGUGUCCGGUAAUGAUGAGUUAGGGGUCAGUCCUCAAAAGUUCUAGUGUCCGGUAAUGAUGUAUUAGGGGUCAGUCCUCCUCACAAGUUUUAGUGUCCGGUAAUGAUGAGUUGGGGGGUCAGUCCUCAAAAGUUCUAGUGUCCGGUAAUGAUGAGUUGGGGGGGUCAGUCCUCAAAAGUUCUAGUGUCCGGUAAUGAUGAGUUAGGGGUCAGUCCUCCUCACAAGUUCUAGUGUUCGAUAAUGAUGAGUUGGGUGGUCAUUCCCAUUUACAAGUUCUAGUAUUCAAUGUCGAUGAGUUGGGGGUUCAGUCCAGCUGAUAAGUUCUGGUGACCGUUAACGCCAAGUUGGGGGAGUCAGUCUUGCUCCCAAGUCCCUUUUUUCGGUAACGAUGAGUUGGGGGGGGUCAGUCCUGCUCCCAAGUUCCUGUAUUUGGUAACGAUGAGUUGGGGGGGGGGCAGUCCUGCUCCCAAGUUCCUGUAUUUGGUAACGAUGAGUAGGGGGGGGGCAGUCCUGGUUGCAAGUUCUAGUGUUCAGUGACAAUGAGUUGGGAGCUCGGUCACACAUUUUGACAUUGAGGUAAGGAGAGCGGGGUUGGAAGUGCAGGGUGAGGCGAGGAGUGCGAGGUGAGGCGAGGAGUACAUGAUGAGUAAUAUGAAGUGAGGAGUACUGUGCUUUGUUUUGCUGUAUAAUACAGAAGAUUAAUAAAAGUCUAUAAUCAAUGUUC